GGAGCCGUCCCAAGGAGGAGGAGGAUCCUAGGACCCAGGUUAUAGCUGGUGACACGGCCUCCUUGUUAUGAUGCCAUCACGUACUAAUUUAACUGCUGGGAUCCCCAGUAGCAAAGUGAAGUAUUCCAAGCUCUCCAGCACAGAUGAUGGUUAUAUUGACCUGCAGUUCAAGAGGAGCCCACCCAAAAUCCCCUACAAGGCAAUUGCACUGGCCACUGUGCUGUUCGUGAUCGGCACCCUCCUGAUUGUCAUAGGAGCCCUUCUCCUCACAGGAUAUAUUAGCAAAGGAGGAACAGACCGAGCUAUUCCCGUAUUGAUCAUUGGAAUCCUGGUGUUCUUACCAGGCUUUUAUCACUUGCGCAUCGCAUACUAUGCUUCCAAAGGCUAUAGGGGAUACUCCUAUGAUGACAUUCCAGAUUUUGAUGACUAAACGCACCCUAGAACAAGGGAGCAUGGCUCACAUUAUAAUGAGUUUUGCGUUAAGAGAUGUUAGUUAAUUUGACUUUGGAUAGCAAAGAUAAAACAUGUAAGAACCUAAACUAAUUAGAUGUGUUGAUGGAUGCAACUUCCUAGUGCUGUAAAUAUUGGGUUAUGGCCAGCUUUAUUUUUCUUUUUUGGCAUUAACAUAAAUUCGACAGACACCAUUGCAACAUUAGGUGAUGCGCAGCAUAUGACUUGCUGUUAGAAGAAACUUUUUAUUUCUGUAAAGGGAAGUUCUUGGGUAAGCCAAGAUGAGCAGUUGCCCAACCAACCAUUCACAAUUUCAGCACAAAAAUUACGAUUUUUGUUUAGUCUUAUUUCUAAUAGAUUGUGUAUUUUAGGACAUUUUAUCUUUUAAAUAGAUCAAAGCUAUAAGUAGGACCUUUCUACUGCUGUAUAAUUGUCAAAAUAAUUCCAAUGUCGUCGUUCAUCGGAGUUUUGCAUCUGGAAUGUUGACCUAUCCUCCAGUCUGCUUGUGAAGGGGAGAGAACUGGAUAUGCGUGUGAUGAUUUACUGAGCAUUUGCCAUGUGCAACAACUUCUCCUGUAGGAUGGAUGAGCCAACUUACCUGGCAAACACAUUCCUCAAGUGCCAGCUACAUCCCAUCCAACUAUUAAUUUUGCUAACACUAGUUGGCGGUCCAUUCAUAAGGCUGACUUAGGAUUCUGCUUAAUUAAGGAUUUUAAACAGAUUUUGUGGAGAGGCAGGAUGAAGAAUUGGAAUCUGGGCCCUGGACUUGAAUUUCCCUGUCUUAAAAUUCUAUUUUUGAAAGCUGGUGAAGUUGAGGGAAGUUCCGACCCCCAAUUUGCUGUGUGGGCCUAUUUUGGUGAUAUGUGUAUUUGACGUCACUUUGCUGUAGAUCUAGACCUUGUGCUGUACAUAAUACCCUCCACAUACCUGAAGAAAAUCUAUGCAUGUGCAGUACUGCACAUGUUAUCAGCUUGAAUUGCUCUGUUAGCUGCAUGUUACAUUAUGCCAGAGUUUCGGAAGAAAUUUGAGGAUAACUGGUAGAUUCCAUCUGCUGUCAGUAAGAGCUAAAUGGCUUCUGAAGUGUAAUUGCCAAGGAGCAAGUUUGGAACAAGAAAUGAUCAUGUAAAAUUCAAACAUUUAAUAUGAAUAAACUGCAUGAUGGUCUCUGUAUGA